CUUCCUCAAACGCCAGCAGGCCACCCAGCCUGGGACACUGCAGUCCUACCUGCAGCUCUGUCCUGGCCACCAGGACUAAGGAGGAGGCCAGGUGGGAGCACACAGGACAGCCUGCCCGUGGGAAGACGCAGCUACGAGUGCCACAGUGGUGCCGGGGCACAGGCUGAAAGAUGGGCAGCGGAGGAGCCAGGAAGGCCGUGGAGGAAUCCCUGACCCUUUAGUAAACAUGUGCCUGGGGUGCUAGACCCGAGGUAGGACCCAGGAGCAGGAGCCAUCAGAAGUCGUGUUUGCCUUGUAGGUGAGCCAGGCAGAGUCUCUUUCAGUGGUGGGGCCUGAGGUGCUGCAUUUCUAGUAAGCUCCCAGUGGCUGGGACUAUCCUUUGAAGAGAGAAGCUGUGGUUCAUUUAAUCAGCAUCCCAACGCAGCCUGGCCUUCACCAUGCCCAUCCACUCCCCUGAAUCAAUUUUAGAAUACUUUGAGUACGACGAGUCUGCUGAAGCCUGUGAUAUGGGGGACAUCGUGGCCUUUGGGACCGUCUUCCUGUCCAUACUCUACUCCCUUGUCUUUGCCUUUGGCCUGCUGGGAAACUUGCUGGUGGUGUUCGCCCUCACCAACAGCCGGAAGCCCAAGAGUAUCACCGACAUUUACCUCCUGAACCUGGCCUUGUCUGAUCUGCUCUUUGUAGCCACCUUACCCUUCUGGACUCACUACCUGAUAAGUGAACAAGGCCUUCACAAUGCUGUGUGUAAACUCACCACGGCCUUCUUCUUCAUCGGCUUUUUUGGCGGCAUUUUCUUCAUCACUGUCAUCAGCAUCGAUAGGUACCUGGCCAUUGUCCUGGCAGCCAACUCCAUGAACAACCGGACUGUGCAGCAUGGCGUCACCAUCAGCCUAGGUGUCUGGGCGGCAGCCAUCUUGGUGGCAGCACCUCAGUUCAUGUUCACAAAACAAAAAGAAAACGAAUGCCUUGGUGACUACCCUGAGGUCCUGCAGGAUCUCUGGCCUGUGCUCCGCAACGUGGAAGCAAAUUUGCUUGGCUUCCUGCUCCCCAUGCUCAUUAUGAGUUACUGUUACUUCAGAAUCAUGCGGACACUGUUUUCCUGUAAGAACCACAAGAAAGCCAAAGCCAUCAAACUGGUCUUUCUGGUGGUCAUCAUGUUUUUCCUCUUCUGGACACCCUACAACGUCAUGAUUUUCUUAGAGACACUUAAUCUCUAUGACUUCUUUCCCAGUUGUGACAUGAAGAGGGAUCUGAGGUUGGCCCUCAGUGUGACUGAGACAAUCGCGUUCAUCCACUGUUGCCUCAAUCCCUUUAUCUACGCAUUUGCUGGAGAGAAGUUCAGAAGAUACAUUUACCACUUGUAUAGGAAAUGCCUGGCCGUCCUGUGUGGUCGUCCUGUCCAUGUCAGUUUCUCCCCGACUGAAUCACAAACGAGCAGGCGGGAGAGCAUGCUGAGCAGCAAUUUUACUCACCACACCAGUGAUGGAGAUGGGUCCAUCCUUCUCUGAAGGGAUACCCAAAGCCUUGUCCCCACAGAGAGCCUCCAGUUCCUGAGCCUGACACUGAAUAAUGAAGACAGACUUUUUUGUUUCUUACAUGCAAGAAAUGAUGAACUGAAUGCCCCAAAACAACCCUAAAACAUUUUUGAGAAUUCUGCCCAAAAUUUGAAUGAUAAAGGGUAGGCAUGUCUCUAACUGCAAAUGUCAGGACGUUUUGUUUACAAAUGAUAAAAAUUCAACUCAGACUAGCUUAGCUAAAGAGGAGGUAGAGAGUAUUAUUCACAUGGUGGCAUGAACAAGAGGGUGGCUGAGCCCUCAAAGUAGAAACUAGAGCUUGAGUCCAGCUAGAAUUUUCUCUCUCUGGCUCUCAAAUCUCUGAGUGGUGACAGAGCUCCCAGACACAGCUUAGCCAAUAGUGAGGGACUGAGACCCAUCCCUCUCUGGUCCCGAGGUUAAAAUUCCCAGAGAAGGGCUCUCAUUGGCCAAGUUUGAAUCAGAUGUCCAUCCCUGGACCAGGUUAUAUCCAUGGGGCGAGAAUAGAUAAGAUGGCAGCUUCCACUCCAGUCUCAUGGUUACAGGUGCAGGAAGACAUAUUUCCAAGAAGCUGGAGGGGCGGGUGCUAUUUUGAUCUGACAGAACAAGAGCUGCCCACUAACCUUACUAUGUGUCUGGGCCAGCCUCCUCACUGAUUACACCAGCCAGCACACACUGCCAACCUCCUCUCCCUGAAACCCCAAAGUUACAAUGAUUGCCCAGUUUCUACUACAUCAAAUUUAAGACCGUCCAUCAUGCAGUCCUACCAACAGAUUCCCCAUUUCUUCCCCUUCCCAAAAGAAUCCAGCCUCUCAGCCAGCCAGGUCUCUUCCAUCCAGCCUUAUGCAUCAUCACCUGCUUCUAGGACCGGGGACAUAAAUAGAAAGAACCCUGGCCCAAACUAGGAAGGGAUGGUUUCCAAUCCCAGCUCAUCACUUGGCCUGCUGGGUAGCUUGGAGCCAGCCUCGCUUCAGCUUCCUCAUCUGUAGAACGGAAAUAAUGGUACUUUUUACAUAAGGAGCGUCCUUUCCAGCACAAGGAGCCAGCCACCAAUUCUUGCAGGUCCCAUCCCUCUUAUCUGGUUCGCAGACUUCAGCUUCCCCCACCUGGCGCAGAGCUCAGGGGACAGUGUUGGCAGAGCCUUGGCUCUGCUGUUUGAUGCAGCUCAGAUACAGAGGAGGCUGGUUCCUACAGUGGCACUCAAUGGACACUCCUAGAAUUCAGACUGAUGAUCUUCCCUGACCCCGCCCUCCAGACUGCCUGAAUGUGCCUUUCCAAUUGCCUUGUGACAAACCCCUUGCCCAUCUAGAGAGAACCCUCUCAUUCAUGCCACUGCCAACCUGGAGAGCCAGGGUCCCAGAAGCAGUAUUUUCCCGCCUUUUCAGUAGACUUCUGGGUUGGUCAAAUACUUUAGAGCUUAAAAAAAUGAACUGUAAUAAUGCCAAAGAGAAUGUCACCUAUAACCUAACCAUGCAAUACCUUCAUUUGCCCACCCAGAACUUGUUCACACUUUCACAUGUCUAGAGUUGAAAGCAUCAUGUACAGACUAUUUUGUAAUUUGCUAUUUUUCUCUCUAACAUUAGGCCACAAAUAGUUCUCUGUUUCUGUAUAGUUUUGUAAUGAUGGCUCUAGAAGUCUCUGCCAGCUUGUGUACUCGAAGGCUUUUGACUCAUUGCCGUAUUUCUGACACAUCCUUGGCACUCUGUAUGUUGGUUUAAUCAAUGAGAGAAUGAAUCAUGUUCCAUCAAGAUCGUGUACCGUAAUUUACUCACCAUUAUCCUGUUGAUAAACUUGUUUCCAAUAUUUAGCAGAGGUAUAGUUACAGUGCUUCUGUCUGUGUAAUUCCCUUUCUCCUCUUCAAUGAUUUCCUUUGGAUAAAUUCCUCAUCACAGGGGUAACUGGGAAAAGGGCACAGGAAAUUAUUGGCUUUGGACACAUACAGACAAAAUUAUUAUGAAAUCGUUAUUGGGCAUAUAUUACAUGCAUUAUGUGGGCUCAGAUCCAGAGUGGUUCCAAAGAUGAGUGAGGCCAUACCUCUGCCCUCAUUGAUCUAACAUUCAAGUACAGAACAGAGAAGUAAACAAAUAAACAUACUUUGCACUAAUUGGUCACACAAGAGCAGUUGGACUUGAGUCUUUAAGGGUAAGGAGCUCUCCAGGCAAAGGCAAAGGAGGGGAUGGCAUGCUAGGCUCAGUGAAUGUCAUACGUAAAGGUGUGUAAGGGCAUGGGGAUCUUAAGACGUGGGAAAAGUGUGUGAAUAUUGAAAGGCAUUAGGAGCAGAGCGGGUGGGGAGACCCUUCUGGAACAUUGGCUCAAACAACUAACAGAGGAGCACAUUCUCCUCAGGUUAUCCACAAGUUUGUUUGAUUAUCACUUGAACCUCUUUGCAACUAUUGAAUCAUAAAACUUUUAAUUAAAUUUUAACUUAUUUCUGGACUCCCAAGAAAAAAGGGAAAAACUAUUCUGGCUUGAGAAAUAAAAGUAGAGAGACAAGCACUUUCACUUCUAAAUGGAAAUUAAAUUUGUAUCAUAAGAACCAUUCACUCAUUCAUUUUGCUGAAUAAGACAGAAUAGGGAGGAAAUAGGGAAGUUUGCUGAAAAACUCUAAAUAGCAACGAUGUUGGUGGCUACGUAAAGGAAGGCACAUUUGAAAAAGACGGUUGGCCCCAAGAGCACAGUGGGAUCUGACCCACCACUGCUUCUGGGUUCUGGGCUUCCCAAAAGAAGACGGAAAUGGUGGACUGCAAAGGCAGAGGGAGAUCUGUGAUUGAGUCCCAACAUAUUAACUCUGUGACCUUGGGCAAGUUACUCAACCCUAACCCUAACCCUAACUCUGAGGCUGUUUCUCAUUUGAAAAAUAAGAACAAAAGUAGUGCCCAGCUCCUAGGAUUAUUGUGAGGAUUUAGUAAAAUUGCCUUCACAAGGCUCACAGGGCAAGCCUGGAAAAGCAAGGUCAAAUAAAUGGUCAUGACUAUUUUUGGUUUUUCCUCCUUCUUCUUUCUGUUCUUCGAUUGAACCCUUCCCAAUGAAGAAACUUGUCUCCCUUGUCCUUGCCUUCUCACUCUUCUUAGUCCCAGAAUCACAGACUUGUCCGUGCCAAUGAGGGACAGGAGACCCAGAGGGGGCCAGAGGCUUGUCCAAGAUCAUGCAGGGAAUUAAUGAAAGGGGUAGAUCCCUUGACUCUCAGUCUGCUGAUUUUUUUCUCAUCUUGAUAAAAAUAGACACCAAUCCUAUGAUAACUGUAGUUAACAAUGCUGUAUUGUAUAUUUAAAAGUUGCUAAGAGAGUAGAUUUUUAAAAUUCUGAUCACACACACAAAAUUCUAACUGUGAGGUGAUAAAUGUCUAAACUAACCUUAUUGUGGUAAUCGUUUUGUAACAUGCAUGUACAAAAUCACUACCUUGUGCGCCUUAAACUUACACAAUGUCAUAUAUCAAUUAUAUCUCAAUAAAGCUGGAAAAAAAUACA